AUGGCGAUGAUGAUGGCCGGCCGUGUGCUGCUGGUGUGUGCCCUCUGCGUGCUGCGGUGCGGUGCCGGCGGUGUUUAUGCGAGGGACGUUGACACCAACGGACUGGGUGGCUGCAUGGCGUCGGGAGUGUUGGGUGAGAAUGGAUCCCACAUGCCUGACGGAUGUAAUAAAACUGCGAUUACGGUGCCUUUGCGGUCAAUACUGCCCAUUACUGCCGUCGAAGCCUCAGAGGGAGAAAGUGAUGCUCUUGCAACAAAGAACGAUUCGCAUUCAAAAGAAAAUCCCGACGCUGGUGUUAGUGGUUCUACUGCUGGUCCAGGGGCUCCUGCUGCUGCUGGUGGUGGCCGCGGUGGAGGAGGCGAUGGUCCUGGUAGUGGAACUUCCACUGGAGGUCAAGGCACCGGUGGCAUUUCUCCUGCUUCUUCUGCUCCUGCUGCUCCUCCUCCUCCCGCUCCUCCUUCAGGUCCUGCUGCUGCUCUUGGUGCUGAUUCUUCAGCUGACAGAAUUGGUGGUACAGCGGGGUUCUCAGGCACUAAUUCAUCUAACACAACAGGGGACUCUCCAACAGGAGAUCAGACGCCUGCAGCAGCAGCGGCUCACAACUCCUCGCUACCCGAAGGACCGACAGGGACGACAUCCGGCACUGGACACACACGACAAGAAGAAGAAGAGGAAGAAGAAGAAGAAAUGCAGCAGCAAAGUGAUGAAACACAAGUCCAACAACACCAACAGCAUGAACACCCCGCGGAAAAUGGCGAAGAAUCCGCGAAAGAUAAAAACGCCCUUCGUACAAAUGCCACCGCAGAUACAGGCGACAGUGACGGCAGCACCGCGGCCUCCCACGCCACCUCCCCUCUUUUGCCUCUUCUUGUUGUUGCGUGUGCGGCGGCUGCUGCGGUGGUGGCCGCGUGA